AUGACUCAUCCAAGGGUGCAAGCGUCUCUCUCGCUGCUGAUACUGGGCAGCUGUCUCCUCGCGGCCGCCCGGAGGAACCAGGGGGCGGCCAGCCGCGCGGCGCCGGUCGCCCGGGACUCCGCGGGCGCCUCCUCGGGCCGCUUCGUCAGCCCCGAGCGGCAGGCGUGCAGCUGGCAGCUCCGGGAGCCCGGCCCCGGGGCCGCGCGGGGCGGAGAGCUGGCGCUCAGCUGCCAGGCCCCGGACGGCGCGCGCUCGCAGUGUGUGCACCGCUGGGAGGCCGCGAGCUGCGCCGCUUACGCGGCCCGGGAGGCGCACUACUGGAAGGCCCUGCUGGGCCGCCUGCGCAAGAAGCGCCUGCCCUGCCACGACCCCGCGCGGCUCCAGGCCCGUCUGUGCGCGGCCAGGAAGGCCCACGGCGCCUCGCUGCGCCCUGCUCCCCGCGCGCCGCCGCGUCCCAUUCCCUCCACCCAGGAACCCAAGCCGCGCGCUCGGGUCAGGGGUCGCCCCAGGGAGCCUGUGCCGGGUCCAAACGCAGAAGCCUCUCCUCCCACCAGCACGGCCUCCAAAGAGCACCCCGCUGAGAAGAAGACCAAAGGGGCCAAGAAGAAAGGGGUCUGGGGACCCGAGAAGGAGCUACCUUUGGGGACCCGGUCUGACCUCGACAGGCUGGACGAGAACUCUGAGCUCACAGAGACUUACUGUGCUGAGAAGUGGCACUCUCUUUGCAACUUCUUUGUCAAUUUCUGGAAUGGCUGA